AUGGAUCUAAAAGAUACGGUAAGAGUGAUUGUUUGUGGAGAUGAUUCUGUAGGUAAAUCCACUCUUAUAGCCACAUUGGUGAAAGGUGAAUAUAUUCAUAACAUGCAAAAUGUAUUGCCACCAAUCACAAUAUCUCAUGAAGAUUAUUCCGAAAGUUUGAUCGAUGUUAUUUCCAGUACUAAAAGUGAUUAUAAUGAACCUUUAACUGAUAGAAGAGUUUCAAAAUACAUUCCUAGAAAGACAGUGAUCAUUGAUACUUCUCCUUCAGAUACAGUGAAUUUCCAAAAGGAAUUGAAAAGAAGUGAUGUCAUUUGGUUAGUUUAUUCUGAUCAUUAUACUUAUGAAAGAAUCUCUUUGCAUUGGGUUCCUAUGCUUAGAUCGAUGGGGGUUAACUUACCCAUAGUUUUAUGUGCAAAUAAAUCCGAUCUCUUGGAUGAUUCCACAAACAUGAAGGCACAAACUUCAGAUGAAUUCUUACCACUUUUAAAUGAGUUCAAAGAAAUUGAAGCUUGUGUGAGGUGUAGUGCCAAACUUAAUGAUAAUGUUGUUGAAGCAUUUUAUUUAUGUCAAAGGGCUAUUACUCAUCCAAUAUCACCGAUUUUUGAUUCCAAAGAAGGUAAUUUGAAACCUUCGGCCAUAGCUGCUUUGAAAAGAGUGUUCUUUCUUUGUGAUAAGGAUUUAGAUGGAUAUUUGAAUUUUGAUGAAUUUUGUGAUUUACAUAUGAAGGCUUUCGAUAAAAGAGCUACUGAAAGUGAAUACAGGGAUGUUAUUAAGAACAUUGAUCGGAUAAUCUAUCCUGAACCAACUGCUGAUGGUAAGAGUAGAGGAAUUUCUGAAGAUGGUUUCAUUUUAUUAAACAAAUUGUACGCUGAGAGGGGUCGUCAUGAAACAACUUGGGGUAUUUUGAGAUCCUUUGGAUAUACCAACUCAUUAUCAUUGAAUGAUAAAUUCUUGUAUCCCAAAAUCGAUGUCAAUCCUGAUUCCAGUGUGGAGUUGAGUCCUACAGGAUAUAGAUUCAUGGUAGAUUUGUUUGUCAAAUUCGAUAAAGAUAAUGAUGGAGGUUUGAACGAAAAAGAGCUCAAAAACUUAUUCUAUCCUACUCCAGGAAUCCCAAAAUUAUGGAAAGAAUGUCAAUUCCCUUCAUCAAUUGUUUGUAAUGAAUAUGGAUACGUUACUCUACAAGGAUGGUUGGCUCAAUGGAAUUUGACUACCUUUUUAGACUAUAAAACCACCCUCGAAUAUCUUGCUUAUUUAGGUUUUGAUGAAGGUAAUUCUAUCAAAGCUUUAAAGAUCACUAAACCUAGAAAGAAGCGUCAAAAACAAGGCAAGAUUUAUCGUCAACCAAUUUAUGAUAGAAAUGUGUUUAAUUGUUUCCUUCUAGGAGGUCCUCAAAGUGGUAAGACUUCUUUCUUGGAAGCUUUCUUGAAAGGAUCUUAUAGUGACGUUUACUCUCCUACUAUUCAACCACGAAUUUGUGCUAAGGAUAUUGAAUUAAGAGGUGGGAAACAAUGUUAUUUGAUACUAGAAGAAUUAGGAGAACUCGAACCAGCUAUUCUUACCAAUAAAUCACGUCUUGAUCAGUGUGAUGUUAUCUGCUACUGUUAUGAUUCCUCAGAUCCUACAUCAUUUCAAUAUUUGAUCGAUUUACGAGAAAAGUAUCAAGAAUUUUUAAGUGAAAUUCCUUGUGUGUUUGUGGCAUUGAAAGCAGAUUUAGAUAAACAACAACAAAGAUCCGACGUUCAACCCGAAACUUAUACGAAUGACCUUUUACUCAAUUCUCCAUUACACAUAUCAUCAGCUUGGACAACUUCUUUGAAUGAAUUAUUCAUUCAAUUGGUUGAUGCCGCCACUUUACCCAGUCUGGCUACUGCUGGCUUAGAAAAGGAACCCGAGCCUUUCCUUGAUGAAAACUAUAAACACCUUCUCUUAGCUGGAGGUACUUUAAGUGUAAUGACGUUGGUUAGUUUAUGGAUUUGGAAAAGUUCCUUACAGAGUUCACGAUAA